CCGCGCUGUCCCCGCCAUGGCUCGGUGCUGGCCCGGCCUGCUGGCGCGCGGGGAGUGGGGCAGGUGGCGCUCCGGGCGGUCCGGCCCCGCUCGGCCCCAGCUGCGGGCGGGCAGCUCGAGCCGCGGCCCCGGAGCCGCCGAGGAAGGAGCCCACUUGCUCUACUCGCGGGAGCAUAACGCCCUGAGGGCCUCGCUGCGCAAGAUUAUUGACAAGGAGAUUAACCCAUUUGUGGACAAAUGGGAAGAAGAAGGACAGUUUCCAGCACACAAAGUAUUUAAAACUCUAGGACAAGCUGGAUUCCUUGGAGUUAACAAACCAACAGAGUAUGGCGGCAUGGGCUUGGACUUCUCCUAUAGCAUUGCAGUGGCAGAGGAACUGGGAAAUAUCCGCUGUGGAGGGGUUCCUAUGGCUAUUGGAGUGCAAACUGACAUGGCUACACCAGCUCUAACAAGAUUUGGUUCUGAUGAGCUGAAACGACAGUUCCUUGUACCAACUAUAGCUGGAGAAGUAGUGGCUUGUUUAGGAGUCAGUGAACCUGGAGCAGGGUCAGAUGUUGCAAGUAUCAAAACAACAGCAGUAAGAAAAGGCGAUGACUAUAUCAUAAAUGGUGGCAAGAUGUGGAUUACUUCGGGGUGUCAAGCUGACUGGAUGUGCCUGCUGGCAAAUUCCAGUGAAGGACCCCCCCACCAGAAUAAAUCUCUUAUAUGUCUACCAAUGAACCUACCUGGUGUUCACAUUGCUAAAAAGAUAGACAAGAUGGGUACGAGGUCAUCAGAUACAGCACAGAUCUUUUUUGAAGAUGUCAGAGUUCCCAGCAAAUACCUCAUUGGGGAGGAAGGAAUGGGCUUUACGUACCAGAUGUUGCAAUUCCAAGAAGAGCGUUUAUGGGCAGUAGCCAGCAACCUGGCACCAAUGGAAAAUGUGAUACAAGAAACUAUUGACUAUACUCGCCAACGGAAAAUAUACAACCAGCCAGUACUGCAUAACCAAACAGUGCACUUUCGCCUGGCAGAAUUCGCAACUGAGGUGGAACUUGUUCGCUCUCUGCUCUACCAGGCUGUUGCGCUCUAUAUAAGAGGCAAUGAUGUGACCAAAUUUGCUUCCAUGGCUAAACUAAAGGCAGGUCGUCUAGCCCGUGAGCUGAAUGAUAAUUGCCUCCAGUUCUGGGGAGGAAUGGGAUUCACCAAUGAGGUGCUAGUGAGCAGACUCUACAGAGACUCAAGAUUACUGUCAAUAGGAGCUGGUGCAGAUGAAGUCAUGCUUUCCAUUAUAUGCAAAUAUAUGGAAACUCUUCCACAAAAGUAGUAACACCCAGCAACAGUUACAUUUCUUCAUUGAAAAUUCAUGAGAGAGAUAACAGUAUAUUGAUUACAUACUGAAAGAAUAAGCAAUAUAUCUCAGGUGAUUAAGUGAAAUUUUCUAGCAUUUAUGUCAAUGAUCUACUAGUGCCUUUGUAUACAAAAUUUCUUGUACCAUAACUUUUAAAUUAAAUAUUGAAAUUAAAAAGGAAGUAAUCUGAAAACAUGUAUCCUCUUGCAACAUUUUUUCUCUUAUUGCAGACCAGUUGCUGCUUUUGAGUGGUCUAGUGCAUAUUAAGUAAAUGGAGUGAGUGUCUACUUAUAUAAGCAAGCUACACCUACAGUUAAAAAACCUAAGCCAUGAUCAAAUUGUGUGCUGCCUUGCCAUGUCCAAUGCAAGAGAGAAUUCUACCAGUAGUUUACUUAAGCAAAUUUUAAUGUAAAACUGCACUGAACAACUGCCCUUCACUCCAAAUCUUCCCAUUUCAUGUUGAGGUGCUUGAUGUCAUUCAGAACUGUCGUUUCCAUGUUAUUUGCGGUCUUCCUCUCUUUCUUCUUGCGUUUUCUGGCUUCCAUUCAAGGGCGGUAUUUGGUAAGCAUUCUUUUUCCAUUCUCAGCACAUGUCCCAGCCACUGAUUUCUUCUUUUGUAGGUUAUUUGUGAGAGGGUAACUUGUCCAGUAAUUUUUCUGCUUUCUUCAUUUGUCUUCCUAUCUCUAUAUGUUGUUCCCAAUAUUCAUAUGCAUCCAGCUUUUGCGUAUCUUUCUUGGUAAGUUGCCAUGUCUCACUGCUAUAUGUUGUGAUGGCGAUAACAUUUGCUUUGUACACAUUCAAUUUUGUCUUGAGGGAGAUUUUUUGAGUUGCUGGAUGGUUUUGAGUCUUCCAAAUGCAGCGUUUGCCUUCCUGAUUCUUCUUGUUAUUUCCUCUCAACUGGUACCAUCUUGGCUGAUAGUACUUCCAAGAUAUGCAAAAUUGUCCACCUUCUCCAGUUUCUCUUCAAUUUUGAUUUCUGUCUCUACAGUCCCUAUUAACAUGACUUUAAAUUUCUUUGCAUUGUAUCUCAAACCUGUCUUCUCCAUUACUUGGUUUGUGCAUUUUUUUGUAGUCUGCUGGCAAUAAAUGUAAAGUUUAGUUUUACAUUAUACUUGCACUGAAUCAAAAUUAGUCUUUACAUUUAUUUCAAUCUUAUCUGUACCUUCAAAAUUGACUUUGGUCAUUCCUCCCACCACUUUUAGAUGAGAACAAAGCCUUUUAAAUGGAAACAAAAAAUCACAGCUGUCAGAACCAUCUUACUGCAAAAAAAUGCUUUUGAUAGGAUUACUCCUCAUUAACAUGGAGAAUUUUCAUAGUUUAGUAAUAAAUCAUAAAGUAUGUUUUAAGGAAUCUCCACAACACUGUGGGCUUAAUUCUUUAAAGAUAUUUCCUAUAAGUAUCAUGACAGCUAAUAUAAAAGUACAUUGCAACUCAAAAUACUUGUAUUACUUGUACAGUAAAAUAUCAUUUGCAUUAAGUGCAAGAGCCAUUACUAAAAUUACUAAUUUUAAAAAAAUCUCACCACCACAGCAAUUAAAUUUAGAAACAAAAGCAAAGAUAAUUACAAUAUACUUUGUAGAACUUUGUGAACAAUGGACAUUUUGGUUUGCUGGCAGUUCCGAAAAUGAAAA